UAAGCAAGACAUCGACACUAAGCAUAAUUCUGAACUUAACGCCUAUGAUACUGCAUGUGAUACCAUGUUUAAUAAAAUUUUUGCCAAUUGUGAUGCCCAACUCAUCACCGAGCUUGCCAAUUAUAAUGCCAAAUUUAUAACCAAACUCACCAAUUACCAUGUCAAAUUUAAUGCUGAACUUAUCUCACAUGAUGAAAACUUUAUAGCGGAGGUCCAAAAAAUCUUAACAAUGCCUAUAGUGAGACUUGAUGAGAUCGAACAAGUUCUUUAA